CUCUACACGUGUACGGGUGAAACUUAAAAACAGAAAGCAUUAGGGUUAAAUUUGAGUUAAAUAAGAAGCCUCUUUUGUUGUUUAAAUGCUUUUUAUAUAAACUUUGUUUAAAGCUAUAAAACUAAAAUCCUUUCAUUUGAUUUGGUUCUGUUUCAAGGUCGCAAUUCAACCUUUCUUUGUAGUCUCAAUUGAAUAGCUCCAGCUUUGGUUCCUCAACCUUUUUGAAUUAAAUGUUGUUGUUGAGUUUCUUUGCAUGUUAUGCUUGUGUAUUUUACUCUGAAACCUCGAAUACUAUAGCUAGUUGAGUAUUCUUGUUUCAAAUGUCGGUACAUAUCUGGGUAAUGUUUCGCUGAACAUAAUAAUCAAGAUCCUAACUAUCUGGAUGUCUCUAAGGAGGGAGGAAGCAUAAAGCAGUGCAUAUUUUCAUUCUCGAUACAGGGCAGGGUGAUCAUGUUAUAGUGCUUUUAGAUGAUUACCUAAAACAGCUAAAGAUGUCUGUAGAAGCCAGAAAUGAAGUUGAUCAUGAUGUAAAUAACGGUGGUUCUUCCGCUAAGAAUGAAAGUAGAAUUGGGUCAGAAACACCUGUUAUGGACUCAGUUGGUGCUAAACAGUUUAGAGAUACUAAACCUAGACUCGAGGGUCAUAUUGAUGAGAUCUUGCUCCGUGUUAUAGCAGAAGCUCUUCAACGAGUAGAUGGAUCUACUCCUACAACUUUUCUAGCGUCAGUAAUUCGACAAGCACUGAUAAAAGAAUUGCGAAAAUAUGGUGCCACAGAAUUUAUGGGUUUAAAAGGGAUUGAUCCAUCAUCAGCUGAAGCUUGGUUGAAAUCAACAAAUCGAGUAUUGCAACAGCUCGGGUGUACUCCAGGGGAAUGUGUCACAUUCGCUGUCUCUCUUUUGGAAGAAGAGGCGUAUCUAUGGUGGCAGACAGUUACCCGUCAUGUAUCAGCGGAUCGGAUUGAUUGGGAAUUUUUUCAGUCUGAAUUUCAAAAGAAAUACGUUGGUGAAUUAUAUUUGGAAGACCGGAAACAUGAGUUCUUAACAUUAAAGCAGGGUGAGAUGUCUGUGAUGGAUUAUGAGCGUGAGUUUCUUCGGCUUAGUAAAUAUGCCUCGGAGCUUGUGCCAACAGAAGAAGAGAGUUGUAAGCGGUUCCUUCAAGGAUUGCGAGAUGAACUCAAAGUUCAGUUGGUUUCUCAUAAAAUUAAGGAGUUUGUUGACUUGACUGAACGAGCUAAAAUGGUAGAACACGUCUUGGGUCUUGAUAAGAAAUUUGAAUUCUCUCGAGCUAUUGGGAAACGAGCAGGGACUUCUAGUUCGUAUCAGACAUCUAAGAGAGCUAAAGAAACUCGUGAGUCUAGGAGAACGACCUCAAAAAUUUCUAAACUUGAGAGAGCUUGAGAUUGUCAACCGUCGGUACCAGUGCGUAGCGUGAGAGGUCCUGCAAGAGAUUUUGAUAUUCCAACGUGUGUUCAUUGUGGGAAAAAGCACCGAAGUGAAUGCUGGAAGUUGAAAAAAGCUUGUUUUCGAUGUGGAUCUUUGGAACAUUUUUCUCGGGAUUGUUUGAAGAAUGAAGAUACUUCUCUAGUGAUAGCUCAAAGGUCCAUUCCUUCUGCUAGGGGGCGAGGAAAUCCUCGUAGUGGUUUUGUUUCACGAGGGAUUCAGAGGAAAGAUACGGGUUCUGCUACUCAGCAGUCAAAGGUCAGAGCUCCAGCACGAGCCUAUGUUGUGCGGACCCAUGAAGAGGGUGAUGCUACAGAUGUUAUAGCAGCUAUUGACAAUCCGGUUUCUUCAAAAGCGAAGGAAAAAGCUAAAGUCACCGACGAGUAGUUUGAAAUUCCCUGCUAGGUAUAUUUUGAGAUUUUGUACUCAGAGUUAUCAGCAUCCAACCGACAAAUCUUGAACUCAACCAAGUUCGUAUAUUUUGUUUUGUUUCAAGUUGGCAUGUACUUGGUUUUUAGUAAAGUCAUUUGGCUAUAGAUAUAUUUUUGUGACAAAAAAAAAUAACUUUUGGUUGCUAUAAUAAUAUUAUUAUUAGUUAAUUAAAUUGUUUUAAUGUGAUAUACUUAGGUUGCAGUAUUUUUCAGAAUAUGGAUGUGUUGGGAAUUGAUUUGGGAGAUGAUUUAAAUAUGAAUAUAUUGUGAAAUUUAAAUUUUUGUAGGAGGUUUUAUGCAAAAUGAGCAGAAAUGUUGCCGAA